AUGGUGGCCAAACUUGGCAGGGGUGCUUUGAUGGCAAAGUUUGACGUUCAAAGCGCAUACCGCAAUGUGGCUGUUCUACCCUCCCAACGCUACCUGCUUGGCAUGAAGUGGCGGGGGAAGUUUUAUGUUGACCUGGUAUUACCUUUUGGUUUACGUUCGGCACCGUUCAUUUUUAAUUCGAUAGCGAAUCUCGUAGAAUGGAUUCUGCUUAACAAUUACAUGAUACGGGACCUCUUGCAUUACCUCGACGAUUACAUAACCGCUGGCCCCCCUUGCCGUCCCGAUUGCGCACGGAAUUUAGUCGUCGCGUCCUCGGUGUGCCAGAGUUUAGGCCUACCAUUGCAUCCGGACAAAACCGUGGGUCCAACUACGUGCUUGAUCGUCCUGGGUAUUGAACUUGAUUCUGUGCUACAAAUCGCGCGUCUUCCCGCCACCAAAUUACUAGCUCUCAAGGGUCUUUUCACGGAAUGGAGCGCGAGGAAGUGGUGUACACGCGUACAAUUGGAGUCGCUGAUAGGCAAACUCCAUCAUGCUUGCGUCGUUGUUUGGCCCGGUCGUACGUUUCUCCGUCGGAUGGUUAAUUUGCUGUGCGCGUUUCGGAGCCGUGAUCAUCCAAUCCGACUUAAUGUCGAAUUCCGUUUAGAUCUCCAGUGGUGGAUCGAGUUUCUAGACGAUUGGAACGGGACAAGUUUCAUCCUGCUCCCAGGUCUCAUGCCCGUGGCGGACUUAUGUGUUACAUCCGAUGCUGCUGGCGCUAUCGGGUACGGUGCAUUAUAUCACCAACAAUGGUUCAGCCAUAAAUGGAUGCCCUCUCAAAUGCCAAUGUCGAUUGCCUACAAAGAGUUCUUUCCAGUCGUUAUUGCCGCUCAUCUCUGGGGUGAUCAGUGGGCCCACCAACGGGUUUGCUUUCGUUUGGACAACUCUUCCGUGGUCCACAUUUUAAAUGCGCGUACCUCUCGGGAUCACCACAUUAUGGGUUUAGUACGUUCGCUCCUUAGUGUAGCUGCCCGGUUUAACUUUACUUUCCAAGCCCAGCACAUCCCUGGUCUAGCUAACCCCGUGGCUGACGCGCUGUCUCGUUUUCGUUGGCAGGUGUUCAAACAACUAGCUCCGGAUUCCUCAGCAACGCCCACGCCUAUUCCAAAAGAGAUCCUACAGCGGCUGGCUCCCACCAAUUAG